AAUUCACAAAGGUGGACUAAAGUUAUACCGGGGUUAAAUUUAGUCGGGGGUUAGCUAAUACCCGGGUAUAAAGUUAGUCCACCGCGCUAUUCACAAACGGUGGACUAACUAAUCCAUGGACUAACUUUAUACCCGGGUACUAAAGUUAGUCCAUGGCUGAGUUAUACCCGGGGUAUAACUUUAGUCCAUGGAUUAAAUCAUGAACUGAAGCUAGCAUACUAUUAUAACACUGCACUGAGCAUGCUCAGUAGUGAGAUGAUUGUCUGCUUGUACUGAGCAUGCUCAGAAGUGAUGUGAUGCCAGUUUGCAAUGGAGUCUGCAAAAAACAGAUCUGCCAACUGGCAUCACAGCGAGCGAUCGUAUCUUCUGGAGCUCGUGCAGGACCGUGCCCACAUCUUUGCUAAUAGAGCAAAUGAUGCUCUAAACAACAAAAGAAAAAACCUAGCUUGGGAUGAGGUUUGUUCUGCAAUUAUUGCCAGAUAUGGGAACAAGUGGACCACCGGGCAAAUAAAGACCAAGUGGAAACAACUUCGCAGCCAGGCAAAAAAGGAGUAUGGCGAGUGGAAGAGACGCUCCCGUAUGACGGGAGGAGGGCCACCUCCAGAUCCUCCUUCAUCAGUAACUCUAUUAAUCAAGGAGAUUCUCCCAAGUGACUUUAUCCAGUUAUCUAACCCAUAUGACGAUGAUGCCGGGUUGAAUAAUGAGGCUGUCACAGCCCUGGAAUUUCUAAGCCAUGGAGGUCUGACCACAGGCGAUGAUUGUUUGCAGCAAGACGAACAGAACAGUCUCCAUCCAUCAACAAGUCAUAAACCAGUUGUUGCAGCAACAAGGCAAGACGAACAGAACAGUCUCCAUCCAUCAACAAGUCAUAAACCAGUUCUUGCAUCAACAAGUCAAGCAAACAUGCAGAACAGUUCCCUUCCAUCCACAACUCAGAAUGGAGACAUUGAAACAACAAGGCAAGACACAACUCGAAAACUUCAACCUCGUGGAGAGAAGAGGCGAUCAACCAUUCCCCACCAACCAAAAACUAGACCCAAACAUCCACAUAUCCAUUCAAGCGAGGAGAGACUCGUUGAACUGGCAGAGGAAGAGCACCAGAUACGACUUGAAUACAUGAGGAUAGAACAUGAGUAUAGGAUGGAAAUCCUUAAAGUUCAAAAGAAGACUGAAGAGGUGAAGCUAAAGGCUGCUCUUGCCGCAUAUUCCGAGGACUAAAUGAAAAAUAUCCAAACUUCCUUAUUUCUAUUAUGAUGAACUUUUGCAUUUUAUUUUUUUUUUCAUUUCUUCAAAACAUUUAGUCAAGGCUCAAUUGCCCCCUAAAUUGGUAUUAAUUAUCUUGCCUUUUGGAAAGUAUUUAACAUACAAGUUCUUUCAUCAUAAUUUUCAUGUACCUAAAUUAUUUAUCAGAGAGCAGAAAUGUACAUAAUCCAUUUCUUUUAAUAAGACAUAUUUUUAUGUGUGUACAUACAUAUAUAUAUUUAUAAAUAUAUAUAUUAGACCACUAAUGGCAAUAAAGUUGAAGAAAUAUUUAUUGUUCAUACAACAAAUAUGUCAAUAAAUUGGAAUUCAGACACUGUUAAUGAUCUUGUUACUAUCAUUCUUUUGACUUGGUAACUAUGUACCCAAUGCAUGUGAAUAUUUAACACUUUCAUAACACAGUUGUAUAUCACUGGAUAUUAAAGAUGGAUGACCAGAGCAUGAUGGACAAUUUUAACAAGAAAUCCAUUUGAAUGCUACAAGAAUGCCUUUACAUACAAUGUAUAUCAUCAAUAUGCUUGAAAUUGAUUUUUUUGAAAAACAGGGAAUGACCUUAAAAUUGUUUUGACAGGACUUCGUUUAGACGAAGCAAAUGUAUCAUAAUCAUUUUAUUCAUCAAAGAUAUUUCUGAAACAAACGCAAGAGGGAGGAUAUUAAUUCAUGAAGUUUCAAACAAUGAGAGAUGAAUUUGAACCAAGUCAGCAGACAAUUUUACCAUUACUGCAUGUAACCAGGUGUACUGGGUGUAUCAAUGAGACAUGUCUACAUAAGGAGUCGCUGAUGGGGAACAUGUAAAUGUAGAUUGCAUGUGAAAGGGCUUCCACACUGGGUAUGCAGAGUUGUUUGGGAAAACUAUUUGGUGUGCAAAUCACAAAUGACAGAAUUCUGGCAUCUUUUCAAUCAUUUUGGACUUUUAAAACUGGAAGUAUUUACUUUAAAACUCUUUUUUUUUAAUUUUCAUUUGACACAUGAAAAAUGAUAUGUAUCGCACAAGUUUAACUUUGGGGAAAUAAAUUGGUAUCUUAAAAAGGUGUCUACAUGUAUGACAAGGAGUUCCUUAAAUUGAAUAUUUUUUAAAAAAUGCAUCAUGAAUAGCACCAUCAGAGAAUUGAAAGAGCAACUUUCAAUUUAUGACAAUGAUGCCAAUUUAAAAAAUGAGGCUGUGACAGUGUAAUCCUUGAAUUCAAAUUGUAAAAGCUAAUAUUUUUCAUGCUCCAAAGUGCACGUAAAAGAGCGACAUGGUCUCAAAGAAACAAUGUCCAUAAUACGGUAGUAAAAAUGAUUGUAUGCGUACUAC